AGUAAAGCGAGGAGUGUGGGAGAAGCCCUACUGCCGGCUUUCAAGACGCCUUCAGGAAUUCCCAAGAGUAACCUCAAUAUGAAAACUAAGGCGGCUUCGAACUACCAUUGGGCUAAUGGAGGCUCAUCUAUUCUUGCUGAGUUGGGGAGCUUGCAUCUUGAAUUCACUUAUCUUAGCCAAAUUUCGAAAGCUCCAAUAUUCACAAAGAAGGUGAAGAAGAUCCGUGAUGUUCUUGAUCAAUUGGAAAAAGUAAACGGGUUAUAUCCCAAUUACAUUGAUUCGGAUACUGGAAAAUGGACAAAACCGUACCACAUAUCUUUGGGAGCGCUGGGAGAUUCAUUUUAUGAGUACCUCAUCAAGUCUUGGCUACAAUCGGGGAAGAAAAACGAGCAAUCACGGAGGAUGUUCUGGGAUGCCAGUAAAGCUAUUCAAGAACAGAUGAUAUUCAAAUCGAAAUCUGGGCUUACGUACACCGCUGAGCUCAGCAAUGGCCUACCUCAGCACAAAAUGGGACACCUGGCUUGUUUCUCAGUGGGAAUGUUCGCACUGCAGGCGGUCAACGAAAAAGCAGAAGUCGAUCGAAAGUCCACUAUGAGACUUGCUGAAGAACUGGGACGAACUUGCCAUGAAAGCUAUGUAAGAUCAACUACACAUAUCGGGCCAGAAAUGUUUUAUUUCAACGAAUUAGAUGAUGCAACCAGCAAGUAA